UUCAAACUUUUAACCACCAACCAUCUUUUCAUUCUCCAAACUUUUAGUGAGCUCUAGUAACCCAUCUCAAUUCUUGCUCUUCUCCUGAUUCAAUAAUUCAACCCUUAUAUAUAUACUACUUUAUACAUACUAUAUAAUAUAUGAGCUUUAUAUUCUCUGAACUAUUUAGAUAAAUCACUUUUCACAAGUUAAAAAGUCAAAAAAAGAAAGGAAGAGCUAAAAUUUUAUAGUUUGCAAAUUCAGAAUUUGAGAUCAUGGGUUUUUGGCUGUGGAGAUUGUUCUUUGCUGCCUUUGCUGAGAUUCUGCUCUUUCAUAGCUUCUGCUCAUCAGAGCCAGCUCCAAACUAUAGUUUCCUACACCAAGCAACCUCCGCUCCGCCACUCUCCUACUACGACUACAUCAUCAUCGGCGGCGGCACCGCGGGCUGCCCCCUCGCCGCCACCCUCUCCCACAACUCCACCGUGCUCCUCCUCGAGCGCGGGGGGUCCCCCUACGGAAACCCCAACAUCACCAACCUCUCCUCCUUCGGGAGAGCCCUCUCCGACCUCUCCCCCUCCUCACCCUCCCAGCGCUUCGUCUCCGAAGACGGCGUCAUCAACGCCCGCGCCCGCGUCCUCGGAGGCGGCAGCUGCAUCAACGCCGGCUUCUACACGCGCGCCUCCUCCAGGUACGUCGCUGGCGUCGGCUGGGACAGCCGCCUCGUCAACGAGUCGUAUCGGUGGGCGGAGAAGGUGGUGGCGUUUCAGCCGCCGAUGAGGCAGUGGCAGACGGCGGUCAGGGAUGGACUGCUGCAGACCGGUGUUAGUCCUUAUAAUGGGUUCACGUAUGAUCAUUUGAUCGGGACGAAGGUCGGCGGGACCAUCUUCGACGGGGAGGGGCGGCGCCACACGGCGGCGGAUCUUUUGGAGUAUGCCAACCCCAAGGGCAUUACCGUCAUGUUGCAUGCUUCUGUCCAUAAGAUUCUCUUCACAACUACAGGGAGGAAGAGGCCAUCAGCUCAUGGGGUGAUAUUUAGAGACGCUUCUGGAAAUAACCACAUAGCUUAUUUAAAUGAUGGAGAAAAGAAUGAGGUAAUAUUAUCAGCAGGGGCGAUUGGGAGCCCACAGCUACUAAUGCUAAGUGGGGUGGGCCCAAUGGACCACCUCAAGGCCCAUAAUAUAACAGUUGUUUUGGACCAGCCUUCAGUGGGCCAAGGCAUGGCCGACAACCCAAUGAACGCCAUAUAUAUUCCGUCGCCGGCUCCGGUGGAGGUGUCCUUGAUUCAAGUCGUCGGGAUUACCUCCUACGGGAGCUAUAUCGAAGCCGCCAGCGGAGAAAACUUUGCUGGCGGCUCCACCCAAAGAGACUUUGGAAUCUUCUCUCCAAGGAUUGGUCAGUUCUCAACAUUACCACCAAAGCAAAGGACUCCAGAAGCCCUAGCCAAAGCAAUCGCAGCCAUGGAAGCCCUAGACCCCAUCGUUUUCAACGGUGGAUUCAUCCUCGAGAAAGUUCGAGGGCCCCUCUCCCAAGGCCACCUAAACCUCAUAAACACGAACCCUAACGACAACCCUUCCGUCACAUUCAACUACUUCCAACACCCUCAGGACCUCCAGAGAUGCGUGGAGGGCCUGAGGGUGAUUGAGAGGGUCAUCCAGUCGAGGCCCAUGGCGCCCUUCAGAUACGACUACCUCUCCCUCCCCAUCCUCCUAAACAUGACCGCUAGCUCGCCCAUCAACCUCCUCCCCCACCAUGCUAACGUCUCCACCUCGUUGGAGCAGUAUUGCAAGGACACAGUCAUGACCAUCUGGCAUUACCACGGGGGAUGCCAGAUGGGACGGGUUGUGGAUUCGGAUUAUCGGGUUACUGGGAUUGAUGCAUUGCGUGUUAUUGAUGGAUCCACCUUUCGUGACUCUCCUGGAACUAAUCCUCAAGCCACUGUUAUGAUGCUCGGCAGGUAUAUGGGAGUGAAGAUUCUGAAAGAGAGAUUCGGAAAUUGAUGAUUCUGCUAGUCUUUUAUUUUCUCAGACAUGGGUGUAUUCAGAUGGAUGGAUUUUGGUAAUGAAAUAAUUAAAUGAAUCUAUAAAGCACUAUAUAGUUUGACCCAAA